CCAACAGUGAGCUCGACCACAUAAAGAGAGCCAUUUGAUAACGAUAGCAACAAAUCCGGGCGAUACGUAUCACCAGUUAUUAUUGAAGGACUUUUGAAUCCAGGCACAUCAGCGUAGAGUGCAGAACCGUUCACAGUUUGCAAGGUAUUGGCAAGGAAGUUCAAGAUUGAAUUGUGUCUCCACGUAAAUCGAUCGAGAUAACACUGACAUCCAGCGACCACGUGCAAUAAUGAUUCUGGGCCAAGACAAAAGGAGCAUUCUGAACUUGAAGACAAUCCCCAUCUGCUAAGGUUCUUACCUGUCGGAAGAGAGUUAUUGAUAUAGCGUAUGGUAAAGUUAUAAAUGUUUUUCGGAAGUUUUGAUUGAGCAGUAUAGACCACACUUUGCUAAGGUGCGACAAGGAGAACUUUGUUACACUAGAGAAAAAGGAUCCCUGACAAGUUAAUUGAUUUUGGAGUUUAUCUUCAUGUUCAGACCGAAAGUCUUUAAUUAAGCACUUCUUUGGUUGAGUUAUAAAAGUCGUAUUGGAUAUUGGUAUGAGUAUUAGUAGGUUUCCACAGUUCGUUGAUUGAUUGAUUUGGAGAAAGUUUUAAAGCUUUUCGAAGAACUGUUUGGCAUUGGAUAAAUUUCACCGAUGGAGGAUAAAUACUUUGACCAAAUUUGUUGCGAGUUAGAAAAACAGUACUUAGUGUUCCUGAGAUUGGAAUCUCAAGCCAUUUACUGAUGUACUGGUUGACUACGGGAUCAAUAUUUUCAAUAACCCAUGUUUUAGAAAGUGUUGCGAUGGUGAAAUGCCACGAUAUUUUGGAUAAGACAUAACGACUGUAUACGAGAAGCUUAUUUCUUGGGUGGAGUGGCUUCGAGUCAAUAUCAGUCAUUAGUUGGUUAACGAGAGUGGUUAGUUCUGUCUUAUAUAUGGUUAUCGUUCGACAUGUUAAAAUCAAAGUAACGUCCUAAAUAUUGAAAUGCUUCUCCAAUCUUUACUGUUGGUAUCAGAUUAUUGCUGAUGAUGAGUUUCGGCAAAUAUUGGACUGAUUUUGUGAUGGCUUUCUUGAUGCCAAAGGUACUACAUUUAUCGACUCUGAUAAUCAUAUUGGACCAUCGGCACCAGAUGGAAAAACGAUUUAAGAGAUGCUGGUUUUCAGAUUCUUGGCCAGUGAUUACGGCUGCGUCAUCAGCGAAUUGGAACCAGUGGAUAGGAUUUAAUAGCUUGAAGGAGAAGCCAAACUGACGGUACUUUUCAGCUUUGAUAUGUUGGAUAAAAGUAUUGAAGCACAUAUUGAAAAGAAGAGGACUGGGGCAAUCCCCUUGCAAUACGCCACGGCCAACAGAUAUAAAAGGGGUGCGGAAUUCCGAGGUAAUUAUUGAGGUUUGGGACUCAGUGUAUAAACUUUUUAUAACGAAUUUUAUGUGUUCUGGGAUGUGGUGGUAGUCGAGUACUGAUUGGAUGAGAUUAUGAUGGACUUCGCCGAAAGCAUUCUUCAGAUCAAGUAAGGUGAUGACAACAGCACGUUGUCUGAUCCGGGCUUUGUUGAUAAUGUCAGCCAUUUGCGCAGUGUGUUCUAGAGUGCCAGAUAGGUUAGGGGUGAAGCCCUUUUGUAUGCCGUGUUCGAUAAAGUUAUUGGAUGCGAGGAAGGAAUAUAUUGCGUUUCGAAGACAAGAUGUAAAUACUUUUAAUUUACUUAUAAUAAUAAUAAUAAUAAUAAUGGAAACUUUAUUUAUUGAUUAUUAGGAUAUAUACAACUACAAUGAUAAACCUCGCUUUACAGGUAGUUUAUCAAUGUCUACUUGAAUUGAUACUAUAUAUUUAUUGUACAAUAGUUAUUUUAAGAAGGAUUAUAUUAACAUUAAUUUUGGGUUAUCCCACACCUUGUUUCGUUUACAAAAUACAUAAUAUGAUGUUCGUAUGCAUAUGUUCACGAUUUGCUUUUUUAUGUAUUUACUAUACUUGGCAUCACAUUUAAGGCUACUUAGCAUGCCAUCGAAAUUUUCACAAGAUCGGCCAAAAACUCCGAGGGUACUCAAGGAUAAAUUGACGAACUUGACUUUAUCAUAAUCUGCUUCCUGCUCAUUGAUUAGAUCACGGUACUUUUGACGCUUACGAUUGGCGUUAACUAGCAGAUUGGAUUCAUAACCGACUGUAAGCUCGAGGAUGUAUAGACAUCUGUUUUCAGUCACCAGCAGAAGGUCAGGUCGUAAACGAUCUCCCGUGAUAACAGAUGGAUUCAUAAAACCAGGAAUGUCCGCGUAAAGUGUGGAAUUUUUCACAGCAGUAAGAGUGGAUGCGAGGAAAUUUAAAACAGAAUCGUGUCGCCAUGUAAACCGGCCUUCGUCUAAAUAUGUCUUACAUCCAGCAAUCACAUGGAGCAGCGUUUCAGGUGCGGAGCAGAAAGAGCAAUCGGAUGUUGAUGAUAGUCCCCAUUUUGAUAGAUUCUUUCGUGUUGGAAGUGUGUUAUUGAUAUAUCGGAUGGUGAAGUUAAAAAUGUUUUUCGGAAGUUUGCUCUGAACGGAUGACCAUAAAGAGUUGAAUGUGGAUGUGGAAUGAUUCAUGAUACUGGAAAAGAAAGAACCUUGCGAAAUGAGGUGGUUUUGAAGUCUUUGUUCGUUUUCUUUUCUAACUGCUUUAAGUACGUCUUUUGUGUCUUUGUAAAUGUCAUACUGUAUGUUCUUGUUUGUGCUCGUCACCGCCCAUAGAUUGUUAAUAUCUACGUUUGGUGAGUAUUUUAAAGCUGAUCGAGAGACAGUUUGACAUUGGAUAAAUUUUGUCGAAGGGAGAAUAAUAUUCAGACCAAAUUUGUUUUGUGGAAGCAACACGUUGCUAAGGGUUGCAGAGACAGGAAGUUCCAGCCAUUUUCGGAUAUAUUUUGUCGCAAUACUGUCUAACGUUUCGCAGAUCCAGGUCUUAGAUAUAUCAGAAACAGUGAAGUCCCAGGAUAUCUUUGACAGCAAGUAACGACUGUAUAGUAGAAUUUUAUUUUUCGGGUGUAAAGGUAGUUCAUUAAUUUUAUUCAUGAUGUCAUUAAACACGUCGAGUAAUUCCGAUUUGUGUUCCUCAUCAGACAUAUUGAAAUCGAAAUAGCGACCUAAGUAACGGAAAGAUUUGCCCAUUUCGGUUCUGGGUACAAGAUCGUUAUUAACGAAAAGCUUGGGUAAAUACUGGAUAGAUUUAGUUAAGUGUUUUUUAAUGCCAAAUGUUGAACAUUUGUCAACGCGUAUAAUCAUAUUAGCCCAUUGACACCAGAUUGUAAAACGAUUAAGGAGCAUUUGAUUUUCUUUCUCUUGGCUACUGAUGACAGCAGCAUCGUCUGCAAACUGAAACCAAUGUAUAGGAUUGCACGGAAUGCCAAUUUCACUUAAUUUCCAAAAUCCAAGCUGACGGUAUUUUUCAGAUUUAAUAUGUUGUAUGAAAGUAUUGAAUGACAUGUUGAAUAAAAGUGGACUGAGACAAUCGCCUUGAAGAACGCCACGACCGACUGUAAUGAAGGGGGUGUUAAACUGUUCGGUUAUGAUGGAAGUUUGGAAAUCAGUGUAAAGACUGCAGAUAAGGUUCUUUAUGUGAUUAGGAACGUGAUGAUAAUCAAGGACUUCGUAAAUGAGGUUAUGAUGGACUUCGCCAAAUGCAUUUUUAAGAUCGAGUAAUGUAAUAACUAUAGAUCGUUGCUUGGUACGCGCUGUGUUAAUUAUAUGUGCCAUCUGAGCAGUAUGUUCUAGUGUUCCUGAGAGUUUUGGAGUGAAACCUUUCUGGAUGUUUUGUUCUAUGUAAUUAUUGUCUGACAGGAAUUCAAAUGUUUUAUUUCGAAGACAUGAUGUGAAGACUUUAAGCGGGAUGGAUUCAAGAGUAAUUGGUCGAAAGUUUGCUGGGUCGUUUGUUUCUCCUUUCUUGUGAAUUAAUAUUGUGCAUGCUUUUUUCCAUUCAGAUGGAACAACACCGCGUGACCAAGCUGCAUGGAUUAUCUCAGUCAAGUAGGAACGUAGAUACGGACAUCGUUUAAAACAGAUUAUUGAUAUCUGAUCAAGUGGGCAUGGUGAGCCAGACAGUUUCAUUUUACGUAUGACGUUUGUAAUCUCUUGAUAGGUCGGGGGGUCAAGCUUAAAAGGUGUUUGAGGAGAAGCAAAUUUUGGGAUCCAACUAGGAAUAUUGAAUGUUUUAUUUGGGUUAAUCGCGGAAAAUGUUUUGGUAAAAUAGGAUGUACAUUGCGCUAAAUUAAAUGAUGGAAGUGAACUGGUAUUCUUUUUGAAAAAUUUUUUAACGUAACCCCAGAAGUUUUUACCAAUUAGAUUAUCGUGAUCAAUGUCUGCAGAUGCAUGACUAUCAGAAUUAUUUAGUUCCGUAUUAUUUGACUUAUUAAGGAGUAUGCGCAAUUUCUUCGCGACAAAUUUUAUCUCCAGAAUACUACCGUUUUCCAGUUUUAAUUUCUUUAAAGCUUUUUUUAAAUCCUUUGUUGAAAAUGUUUGGUAUUUUCUUUCGAAUUCUACACUGCUAUUGUUAUCAACAUGUCCAAAAUUCCCACUAAAGUAAUUGUAGACGACGUUUACCAUGGUAUUGAUGUUGUUAUUUAGAUCAUCCGGUGUGAUUGGAUGAUUCAAAAAAGUUAACUUGAAAAAGUCGUUGGCAGUUGACCAUUGUAAUGGCGAUUUGGGUAGUUUUAUCCCCCUUUUUAAAUCGGGGAAGUUUUCUUGGGUGUUCAAAGGUGAUAUUUCAGGGUUAACUGGGUCAGUGUUAUCCUCAUGAUUGUCGUCGUUCAAUGCUUCAGUCAUUUGUUGUUGCAGUUCGUCUUCAAGGUCGUCAAUAACUCUACAGCUUCGUUGGUGCAUUUUAAGUCCACGAGCUCCUUUGCAGACUUUACCACAGCAACAUUUGACUGCUUUGCAAGAUUUUACAGGUAGACACAUUUGUGUAGGCAUUUCCAUAGCAGGAUUAACAUUCAAAGUGGAUUCUCGUUCGUUCCCAACUUUACUUUUACACCGCCACGAGUGACGGCCUAACGAUUCAAAUUCCUUGCCACAAAAUCCACAUAUUAUUAGCGUUGAAAAUAACGCAAGCAAGCUUGCACGAAUCAUACUUGAUUAAUUUUAGGUAUAAAAUUCAAAAUGUAACGUAACUAUAUCAAUUCAUGUAAAAUUUUUCGAUGAAACCAAGAACAUGUACAGAGAGCGUAUAUACGCGACUGCUCAAUGUCGAAAUAAUAAUAAUAAAUUAUUAUUAUAUAUAAUAUAUAUAAUAUAUAUUAUAUAUAAUAAUAUAUAUUAAUAUAUAAUAAUAUAUAUUAUAUAUAUUAUAUAUAUAUAUAUAUAUAUAUAUAUAUAUAUAUAUAUAUAUAUAUAUAUAUAUAUAUAUAUAUAUAUAUAUAUAUAUAUAUAAUAUAUAUUAUUAUAUAUUAUAAUAAUAAUAAUAAUAAUAAUAAUAAUAAUAAUAAUAAUAAUAAUAAAAUCCACUAGGCCUUCUAUUUUUUCGCUUGCGUGAGUUGCGUCCUUCCUCCGCCCCGCCUCCAAAUCACCUAGUCCCAGUCUUUUCAUGUGAAAAAGCGCUCAAUAUUAAAAAAAUAUAAACUAGAAAAUACAUGCAUGCAGAAACCUUCGCCUUGCAGACAAAACCAUUGUAUUUUCCGAACAUGAAGUAUCUGAAGUAUAGUUUUCAAGGUAACACGAUAAUUUUUUAAAAAUAUUCUUAAUACAAAAGAAAAAUUGCCUAAAAAUAUCACUUUUAAUUACAAAAUUAUCAAUUUCCCAACAUAUAUAUGUUAGGUAUGUUAUCAUAUACACGUAAUAUAAGCUUCACUUAUUGUAUUGAAUUUUUUAAAUAAAAAAGAAAGCAAAAUUAUUUGCAAGCGAGAAUUUGAAAUCAUUUUAUUGCGAACUGAAAGUUUAUCGAUAAAGCCAUUUAAUUAAAGUCAGUUUUAUAGUUUUAUAAAGAACACUUUAAGGUACAAUUCAACCACAAACGCUUCGCAAAACGUUUUAAAAGGGGAAUCAAUAUCAAAGAUACACUGAAAUCAUAUGCUGCUGUCUUGUAAUAAAAGGACGUCGGGUUUUGAAGCCAUUAUAAAAUCAAUAUUUAAAACAAACUUAUCUAACGUCCGCUCUCUUCUUUUAGCCGAUUCUUUCGCCCUUUCUUUCUGAGAAACCUUUUGAAAUUUACAAAAUCUUGCAAAAAUGCGGGCAAAAAUAAAAUAUAUUUGCAAGAAAUUUAUCAAGAAAUGUUUGCUAUUUCGCUGUCGUCAUGCAGUCGUUAUAAUGCAAACUUUAAAUUGGACGAAUCACAGUGUUCGCUAUUCAUGACAGUCCGCCAUAUUUUUUAGAUCAGUGAGGAUGACCACCCAUCGUUGGUGACCCACGCCCGCGAUAAUUGAUGAACUUUAGACUUCGCUAAUGCUUUCGUUUCCCCGGGUGUAAAUAGCCUGGGGGGAUUAGUACCCUCGCACGGCGCUUCGCGCCGUCGGCUCGGGGAUAAAAAUAGAUGGCCUAGGUCUAGGUCGGUUGAAAUCCUGUGAAAGGAAAGUAAAUUUUACAGAACACAUCUAUAUUUACCUGUGAUAGCUUUUAGUUUGAUUUGUAUAAUUAUUGGCCUUUCUAUUGGGGUCUUAUUCAUUUCAGUGACACAUGUGACAUGCAUUUUCUAAAUCGCAAGUCUAUGUAAGUCUGUACCUGCCAAAUUUUAAUGACUGUAGCACUUGUUUCUGGACUGGUGACAGUAUGUAGUUUUGAUGGUAGCUUUUCAAGAAGAAUCUUCUUGUCCGUUCCCAUCAGACUAGUGAAGUCAUAAACUCCACUUCCUCUGCCGUCAGCAUUUGGCUUUUCCCACACCGGAAAUGACACCCCACAACCACAUAUAGCCUCGAUCAAGUUGUUAAGAUGAAGCGAUUGGCGAUCACAAGGUGCUUUGCUUAUAUUGUCUUUCUUGUCCCUUUCGAUCGCUUCAGUUACCAGAUUUCCAAUGAGCUUGUUUGUUGAUUAAAUCACACGCAAUAUAUAAGACAGGACCUUAUGCAGAAUCUUUAGGUGAUGAAAUAAGAUUCCUUAGGACACAAACAUAUCUGUAAUUCUCAACAUUAAAUGAAGCUCAUCCAGGACAACAUUUUCCAAUGGAAUAUUGAGGAGUGGAGGGCGUUCACAUGAGAAUUGAACUCUAAGGCAACAUCUCCUUAUAUCAUCCAAAGUCCUGCGGAUGUCAUCCAAACGAUAAAAGUCUUCUGGUUUUGUCAUGUCACAUCUUAAUUAACAUUGAUAAUAUGUAACUUGUUACAUGUUUGAACUGAUAGAAUUUUAACAAUUAAUACUAUCAAAUUUAACUUGGGAUUAACUCAAACUAAGUAAUUAACUUGAAUGAAAUUUAAACCAAUUGCCAAACUAGGGUAUUAAUCUUACCGUAACAUUUUGUGAAUCUUACACUAGCCCGCGUGCAGGCCCAUGGGAACUGAUAGUGGGCCUGCAGGCAAGGCCUGGUAUUUUGUACUUUCCGCGUUCGCCCACGAACGCGGCAUUCUGAUUGGCUGUUUGCUGUUGGAUUUUAUAAUUAGUUCAGUGAUUCAUCACAAAGGGUCUCGAUAUGCUUAAAAUCCGAAAAUUGAUCACUUUAUUGUUUACUUGAAGGAAGAGAUGUUUUUGCCGUUAUGCCAAUGGGGAUUGCUUGUCGUGAGGUGUUGGAAUAGCAACAUUACGACUGGGGUAAACUAUAGUAACCAAUUACUUGAGUUUCAUUAAUUUCAAACAGACUUGAUACGUUAUAUGUUCCUCAAGAAAAUUAUCUUUUGGUUGAUGUUGAGAUGCAGUUGCAUGUAAGCCUACUCGAAACACUUUGCGAUUUACAAGGCUUCGCUGAGAGAGCGAAACAGAGGACGGUAUUAAAUUGCCGUUUGAAACGAAACGAUCUGGACUCUGAACGCUCUCUUCUUUGUAGAGUUCUUUUAUACCAAAUGAAAUAACUGAAAUAAAUUUCGUACUUUCCGCCGCCAACAAGAAUUGCACACACGAUCUGAUAAGUGAGACAAUUUAUUUAUAACAAUGGCGACAGCGAAGUACACCUUAUAAAUGCCAAUGUGGUCGCACGACUUCCCUCACGAUUUGAAGUUUGAGACUGGUUUUCUGUUGAAAUUCGUCCUAAUUUGCCUGUUCCAAGUUUAGUUGAAAAUGAACACUUGCAAAUUUGGCAAUUACUGACUGCGUUGCUUGCUUUUUUGGUGUUAAAACGCAGCCAUUUACACAUUGUUUAUGUUCUGAAUAAGCAGAGAAAACCCCGCAACAUUUUAAUGCGAGUUUGUUUGUUAAUACUUGGGUGCUGUCAUUGGUUCUUUUUUGACAAUUGACGCGCGAAUGGGGCGUGUUAUGAAAAGGGGCGUUUCACAAAAUACCGGGCCUUGCUUGCAGGCCCACUAUCAGUUCCCUUGGGCCUGCACGCGGGCUAAUCUUACACCAGAUGCAGGCAUAAUCCGAUAUGGCACCUUUCAUGCCCAACAAUAGCAAAAGGAACUAUGGUUCAGUACGUAUAUUGAAAAAAAUAAUUACAAAUAAUAAUAAAAUUUAUAAAUAAUAAUUAUAAUUAUUAAUAAUAAUUAUUAUAAAUAAUAAAAAAAUAAUAAUAAUAAUAAUAAUUAAUUUUAUUACAGUAUUAUUAUUUAACAAUUAUUCGCCGAAGGCGAGGUGAUUAUCGGGGAAUAUUCGCCGAGACGAAGUCGAGGUGAAUAUUCCCCGAUAAUCACCGAGCCUGAGGCGAAUAAUUAUUUUAGUAUUUUUGCACAAGUUUUUUUGUGUUUUUCUGGUCUGAAUUCAUCUUAAUUUCGCUUAUUUCUGUAUCACUAACUUCAACAGAACGGCUAGCCGCCAUUUUGAAAAUUUUGAUUUUGUUAUAUUCACCUGUAGUUGAAUAUAACAGAUUAAUACGUCAAAUUUGACCAAUCACCUUGUCGGAUUUGUUAUGUUCACUUGUACAAAAAUACUAAUACUAAUUAUUAUUUUUAUUAUUUUAAAUAAUAAUAAUAGUUAUCGGUACAUGACAAUUCUGAUAUGCAUGUGGAGAGGGAAGCUGGGGGCCAGAAAGCUUGUAUAUUAGGAACUGCAAGAAUCUUGAGAUACUUGCUUGGCACCUAAGGGUAGGAGAUCUGGAGAUGUACCUUGAUGUUCAGCAAAAGGAGACAAAAUCCCCACAAUUCCAGAUAUUUAAUUACAAGCUGUGUGAAAACAAAUAAUCAAUAAUUAUCAAAACCUACCUUAUAGUCUCCACCGACAAACAUCUCCACUGCUACUUGAUCAUCUUCAAUUUGUACAAAGCCAUUUUCAACAAUUUUUUUUAUGUCCUUGAAUAUUUUGCUGCACUACGACUGCAGAUUUUCGUAAGACUCCUUCCCCUUGAUGACAGCAACAACAUGAUUUUCUAACGAGAGGAAGUAGAUUUAAAGUUGCGCAGUCACCAUUUGAGCAAUAUUAUUCAGUGUGAUAUAAGCUGGUCACAAAUGAAUAAACUUGAAAAAAAUCUUCAAUUUCAGUUUUAAUUGUAAACAUUAUGUACUAAAUAACAUCGCCCAAUCUCACAGUCUGUUUGGGCAUAAUCAUUUUUGGAGUAUAAUUUGCUGAUUAAUUAACCAAUUAUAGAACGCAACACUCCUCGCAAAAGAAUAAAAUUGUCCUGUGUUAGACUGACUAAAAGAACAAAGUGGGCGCAAUGCGGCUUACUGGGUUACGCAUAUUUUUAAUUCUCACUUACUACUGAAGAAUACUUGAAAAAAAAAAUGAUAUUCAUAGCCUAUUAUAUGUCUAUAAAUACUAAACAAAUUAAACAAACAGCAUGACAAAGUUGUAGCCACGUACCUUUAGAAUACAAUGCAGCCUUCCCUUCAUUCAACACCGAAAAGGAAAUGACGAUAAAACCAGUUAGCCUGGUCAUUCUUGCCCCAUCGCCACUUACUUUUAUUUUAUAUAUUUUGCUGGAAUGUCUACACCAUUCUCCUUGAGGUGGAACAUAUAACUAUUGCACUAUCUUAAUGCAUAUAUAAUUAGUCUUUCAACAAAUUAUCAAAAUUAACAUGCUGGAUGGUUAUAGAGGGGAGGGGGUGGUAAAUCUAUUUCACAUAAUCAUCACAUGUCCGAACGGAAAAUGUGUAUGGGGAAGGUCAAAAUUAGGAGAUAAUUGAAAUGUCUCAAUACAUCAGUUAAAUUGAAGCAUACCCAUCUGCCUGGGGCAUUUUUCCUUUAAUUAUUGCAAUUUUUUACAACUUACAUGUUUCUGAAUUUCCAUGCAGAGAGUUUCAUAAAAAUUGAGCUGUGCUCCUUCUGCUUCACCCGGUGUUCUAUCAAUAUGGGUUAAUGCAUUCAGUGACUCUUUGCAUUGCUUAGUCAGGUAGGACAUUGGUAACGUUGCACCGGCUGCGGUCAUGGUUAGUUCAUG